AUAAAAUGGAAAACCCUUCUAUCCAAGACAUUCUGACCUGUGUAGUUUGCACCAACCUUCAGGCCGAUUCAGCAGGAAGGAAGUUUCCAUUCCAAUGUGGAGCCUGUAUGCAGUAUCUCUGCUCAGAAUGAAAGGAUAAGCCCCACUUUGAUGAAGACGGAGACGAAUGAGAUGAACCAGAGAUCGAAGAUAUCGAGCUAAACACAGUUGCGCAGGAAGAUCUUCUCCAACAGAAGUAUAGAUGUCCUAAGGGAUGAGGAAAAGACACUAUGAGCUAUGACGAAGCCUUACAACAUCUAGGCACUUGUACAGUCAGUGAUAAGAAAACUAAGAUAGAGAAGCUACUUGACCAACUUGAUGGCCCUGAUUUGCCAAUCACUUGGGAAGCCAGGAGUCGAUGCAAGAAGUGUAGCUGAGUUCCUUUCCAACCACUCUACUUUUGUAAUUGAAGCAUCGGUUUGUAUUGAACGUUCUGAAGAGCUCAAGAUGAAAAGUGAAUCAGCUGCAACUCAGUUAUCAGAUCUGUCUGAUUUAUGAGUGAGGAGUUAUUUACCGAGAAAGUAUUCAAACUCCAGAUCAAGCGGUAUCUUUGUAGAUUCUGAGAAGAGCCUUACACUUGGGAUGCUUUGGCUAUUCACGAGAGAAUCUGAUUUGUUAAUGCAACUCCAGAAAAGCAAGAAGAGAUAAAGCAUAAAGAAAUUAAAAAUCAUUACUUAUUAAGAGAAGAAUAUUGUGAAAAGAUGGAGAACAUAUUUUGAGAUGUUCAGGAGAAAUUGUCACAAAGAUUGGCUAGAUUUGAGACUGAAUUCAUCAGAUUGCAACAGAAAAAUUGAGAGUUAAGAGGAAAAGAACUAGGAGAGGAGAGAAUUGAAGGUAUUAAAAAGUUUAUCUCCAAGCUAAGAGACGAAGAGAAGAUAAAUCUAGCUAUAAAGGAAGCUGUAAAUCGUAUUGAAAAUUAUCCUGAAACGUUAGAACCUCCAGCACCAGAUCAGAAUGAGUUUAUUAAGUUUAAGAAGUUUGACAAGAUAUUUACCUUAUUUAAGUUUAACAAUAAGGUUGUGAAUCCUGGAAUUCAGAAGAAGGUUCAUAAACAUUCUCGUCCUUUGAUCCAAGCUGACGGAUUUAAGAUUGUACAAACUCCUCUCUCAAACAGAGUGUUUUUGAUAGGAGGUGAUGCAAAUCCUUGGGGAACUUUUGAGUUUGACCUUGAACAGAAUAAGUUUCUCCCUGAAAAGAAACUGAAAGGAGAUAAAGAUAUAAUAGUUCCUCUUUCUAUAGGAAGGUCUCAUCAUUCCUUAUCUGCAACAUGAGGACUGAUAUUUUGUACAGGUGGAAAGCCAGAUUUCUUAAGAAAACAAGAUGAUCCAGACAAUGAAAUUGAUGAAUCUAAUGGAAAGCUUAUAGAAGUUUUUAAGCUCAAGGAAGGGAAAUGGAUUCAGUACAAUAACAGAUUACAGAAUGCUAGGUGAUGCCAUAGCUCUUGUAUUUUAGGAAAUUAUCUAUAUCUAUUUCAAGGAUAUGAUGUUUCUAGCUAUGCAAUCAACUCUGUCUCAAUAGAAAGGAUAAGAAUUGACAUUAGUGAAGCAACCUUGUUCCCUGAUCCAGGAUAUGAGUCUAAGUAUGCAGUACAAGAGUGUAGAUUUGGGGUUCAUGUGAGACCCUUUACUGCUAUUUUUCCUACUCAAAGUCAGAACCAAAUCAUAUACUUUGGAUAUACAGGAUUAGAAGAGAAUUGUAUACAGCCAUUAGAUCAAAGAGAUUUAAUCAGAACAGACAAAGAGAAUCAAAUUUACCAUAAAUAUAUUUUAAGGGAUGAAUAUCCAAGAUAUAAUGAGUCUAACCAGCAGCUCAAUUGGGAAAAGGAGGAAUACCAAGAGGCUGUUAAGAAAAUUAGUGAUAAAAUGCAAGAGGAAGAAGAGAUUAAAUCAUUGAAUAAACCUCUUUGUGAGGAAUAUAUCCAUCACUCUAUGUACUUUAGAGGAAUUACAUUUUUCCAUUCCAAUGUUGAAAAACUGUGCUACUUUGAUGAUGAAGAAGGAUUCAGAAUAAAGGAGGUGCCGAAUCCAGAAAAACAAGCAGAUAAUGAUAGCUCGUCAGAUUCUGAUUAAUAUCGCAUUCAAUAUUAUUUUUA